AUGGAGCUCUCGUUCUUCAACGUCGACGACGGCUACCUGGAGGGCAUUUGUCGCGGCCUGCGCUCGGCCUUCUUGACUGAGGAGGAUUACAAAAAGUUGUCAGCCGCUGACUCUCUUGAGGAUCUGCGGUCGGCGCUCGAAGAGACCGACUACGGCCCCUUCAUGCAGGACGAGCCGCUUCCUCUAGCUGUGCCCACGUUGUCUCAGAAGUGCAGAGAAAAGAUGGCGUCUGAGUUCCGGUACAUGCGCUCCCAGGCGUCAGGUCCUCUAGGAAAGUUCCUGGACUUCAUCGCCACAGAGAAAAUGAUCGACAACGUCGUCGGGCUUAUCCAAGGCGCACUCAACAGGAAGUCGGCGCACGAGCUCCUCGCUCGCGUUGACCCCAUGGGGUACUUCCAGGAAAUGGCUGCGAUUGCAAACAUGGACUUGACGACGAGUUACGAGGAACUUUACCGCGCUUUGCUUAUCGACACACCUGUGGGGAAGUAUUUCCAGGCUUUCCUCGCGGAGUCGAGCUCUCAGGCUGCUGCGCAUGCAUCGGAUCACGGCGGGCGAAGCCUCGCCGAAGUGGCGAGCAUUGUCUCCGAGACGGACAUCGAGCUGAUGAGAAACAGCCUCAAGAAAGGAUGGCUAGAAGACUUCUACGCUUUCACACAAUCCCUCGGCGGCACAACGAAGGAAGUGAUGACACACAUCCUCAAGACCGAAGCGGAUUUCCGAGUUUUGCGUUUGGUCGUGAACUCGCUCUCUUCCAAUCAACAACAGCAAAUGGAUCGUCACGCUCUUUACCCUUCGUUUGGGUACCUCUAUCCAGAAGGAACGGAUGGCCUUCGGAAGGCAUGGAACGAUGCGACGGUCCGGACCGCGCUCGCCCCGUUUUCGAACUACCUGAAUCUGUAUGAGCAAUGCAAAGCGUUCUACGUUGGACAAGAGGGACAGGGAAAUGAAGCUGUCGAUAUGGCGAGCAACAGCAAAUUCAAAUCUCUGGAAGAUCUACUGUACAGCGAGACGGCGACGAUGUGUGAGUUGGCCUUCGAGCAGCAAUUUCACUACGGAAUCUACUACGCGUGGGUGAAACUGAAGGAGCAGGAAAUCAGAAACAUUGUGUGGAUUGCCGAUAUGAUUUUGAUGAAGAGAAAGGAAUACAUCUCAGACCAGAUUGUUCCUCUUUUCCCACCUCGCACGUGA